ACUAGGUAAAUAUUCAUAUUUUCAUGAAUGAACUUAUUAAAUUUAGUAGAACUUUAUACAUUGGGGAAAAAUACAAUUAAAUGAGAAUUUGUUUUAUUUACUCUGAUAUGGCAUAGAUAAAUAACAACUGGGAAUAAAAACCUGGGAGCGGAACCAGUAUCCUUAACCUUACCACAAGUUUAUUGACACUGACAUAUUCGCAAGUGACUGCGUAAACUAACUCACAUUGCAUCUCCCUCGUACUGACAUUGGUGUGAGCGAGCUGCACUGCGUUAGAGUUGACGCAGUUGCUUGUGUUUAAAGCCCCAGUGUUCCACAAAGUUUUAACAACACAUCACAGUCGUCUUAUAAAUUUAAUUAAGGUACUUGUAGUACAUAAGUGGAUUAAUCCUGCUAUAUAUGUCUAUCUGGAGACAUAUCGUUAUUAGAAUAUUAGAAAUAAGUAUUAAAUAUAAAUAUAAAUAUUAUAGGACAUUCUUACACAGAUUGACUAAGUCCCACAGUAAGCUCAAGAAGGCUUGUGUUGUGGGUACUCAGACAACGAUAUAUAUAAUAUACAAAUACUUAAAUACAUAGAAAACACCCAUGACUCAGGAACAAAUAUCUGUAUCAUCAUACAAAUAAAUGCCCUUACUGGGAUUCGAACCCAGGACCAUCGGCUUCGCAGGCAGGGUCACUACCCACUAGGCCAGACCGGUCGUCAAAUUAAAUACAUAGAAUUUCCAUUUGUUUCUCACUUCGCUUAGUUCUAACUCCUAAUCAAAACAUUUGACACGUGAGUGAUUUUAAUUUAGAACUCGUGAUAAAAUCGGGCACAAUUGUUACAAAACAUAUGACUGAAACAAAAGUGAGUAAUGCGUGGGAGGUGGUAUUUCUUAUUACUUUCGCUGUUUUCAAAAGUUAUGUGUCGCGAAGUUUGGGUAAAUGUAAAACAAGGAAAACUAGUCGGUCUCGAAGUAGCCACAGUCUUGGAAGGGAAACGUUUCCAUGCCUUCUACAAAGUUCCUUACGCUCAGCCUCCAAUUAGAAAAUUGAGAUUCAAAGACCCGGUAGCUCCGAAGAAAUGGAAGAGUUUUUGGGACGCAACCCUGGAGUUCCACGGUUCUUGCGCGCAGCCACAUAUCGUUCACAAGCACGCCCCGUACGGCAACGAAGACUGUCUCUAUAUGAACAUAUUCACACCACAAAUACUAAGAACUGAUACAGAUUCACUGAAGCCUGUAAUCGUGUGGAUUCAUGGUUAUGCAUUUGCGUCAAGUUUCAGUCAUUUACACGGCGCUGACUUCCUUAUAAACAAUGAUGUUUUAUUUGUAACAGUCACACAUAGAAUAGGGCCUUUCGGAUUCCUUAAAAUAAACGAAACUGAUACACAUGCUAACAUGGGACUUAAAGAUAUAGUGAUGGCUUUAAAGUGGAUAAAGAAAAAUAUAAGGAGCUUCGCUGGUGACAGCAAGAGAGUGACAGUCAUGGGCAGUGGAUCAGCAGCGACCUUCCUGUCUUGGUUAUUGAUGACAAAAGCACGUAAUCUCUUUUCAAAGAUGAUUCUACAGAGCGGAGCAUUGUUUUCUGCUUCGCUUGUUUCACGUGAAAGAGAUUUAGAACUUGAUAGACUAUCCAAGGAGCUGCUUAAACAUGAUGUUAAGAAUCUAUUAAGUGCCUCCACGCAGAAAAUUAUUGCAGCAUCACAGAAGAUUUACAACGCUAUUGAUGUUAUUAAUUAUCAGAGACCCGUGGUCCCAUUCUCACCUACUAUAGAGAGGAAAUCAAACAAGUCUUUGAUCACGAUGCAUCCGGACGAUUUUUUUCGGCGUACAUCAAAUCUCAAGCUCAGUAAACCCAUGAUCGUAGGGUACAAUAGCCAAGAGAGUAUUUCAGAAAUAAUACCGUUUAUACACAAUCCUGAGUAUUUGAAAAUGUUUUCCAGUAUAUUCAAAUUUAUGGUACCUUUUUCUGAUGGGUGCCGUCAUAAUUAUACAUCAGCAGUAUAUAAACUAGUAGCAAAUAAGAUAAAAAACAAAUAUUUCAGGGAGGGUAUAUCAGAAAAGUCAGUUAGUGAUUUUGUACGCUAUACUUCAGAUCUUUAUAAAUAUCCUAUAUUCAAGUUUAUAAAAGCCUCUUUGAAGUUUAACUCAAACAAGGUGUUCAUGUAUAAGUUUAACUUUGUUGGAAAAUUUAAUGCAGUUAAAAGUUCUGCUCUAGCUGGAACCAAUAUCCCGAUAAAAGGUGCAGCGAGCGGAGAUGAAAUAUGUUAUUUGCUCAAAUGCGAGCCUAUGUGGGAAAAUUACGUGAAAUUAAAAAAUAGCACUGGUGACAAUAACAAAAUGAUGAUAAGACAAUUGACAGAAUGGUGGGCCAAUUUUGCUAAAUUUGGUGAGCCUACACUUGCGCUACUUGCGUCGAGGUACCAUUGGCCAGCAAUUACUUUAGAAGACGACAGUUUAAUGCUAAUUGGUAAAGAAAGCAAAUUAGUGCAUCCUUGGUCUGACAAAAAAGCAUGCACAUUUUGGGAUGAAAUUUACGAAAAUCACUACAGUAGUGAGGUUUGCGAUAGGACAAAACACGACGAGUUGUAAAUGUAAGCUGUUGUAUGUAAGUCUGUGACUGAGUUAGAUUUUGAUAUUGCAGGUACAAUCACCUGCAAUUAUAUGUUACUCUUCGAAGGCCGCAAGAAUAUCUGACACAAAGAAGAGUAACAUAUUAUUUCAGGUGACUGUACC